UGAUAUAUUACUGUCUUUUCAACAAACUUCAUAAUAUAAAUUGGAUAUCCUGGGUAUUAUAGAUAUUCAUCUGUAACCAUGAUUUAGAAGGCAGAAAAGCGCGCCAAAUUAAUGCUUUUUUGUUAACUGCGACAAAAACAGCAUGUUUUAAGGUUAAUGUUUGUCUCCAAUUAGCAAUAUUUAUACCUUUUUAAGUAGUUUGUAAUUGUAAAUGAGAUUUAGUUUUUCAAGAAGGGUUUUAUUUGAUCUGAAUACACAAUAAUUAAAUGUCAGAAGUGAUUCUAUAUUUUUGUUCUGUUUUCUAAUUCCAACUUCGACAGUACGGUAUCUUAUAUUCUGCAAUGUCAAAACCAACCCAACAAUUAGCUCUAGACGCAAACCAGCACAGGCAGUUUGUUCAGUACUUCAAUUCUCUACCAGAGAAACCACCGACUACGAUCCGCUUUUUCCAUCGAAUUGAUUUCUACACAGUUCACGGACAAGAUGCUAAGUUCGCCGCUAAAGAAGUUUUCAAAACGUCUUCAUUUGUCAAGAAUGGAGGAUCAGGUGAUAUGCAACUGGAUUACCUAGUACUCAAUAAAUCUCAGUUUGAGACUUUCGUCAAAGAUCUUCUUCUGGUCAAACGUUAUCGUGUGGAGGUCUAUGUUAACAAAAAAACUAGGAGCGAUCCGCUAUGGGUUCUCGAAUUCAAGGGUUCACCCGGUAAUCUAUCGCAGUUUGAAGAUAUGCUUUUCGCAAAUUCAGAUCAAGUUGAAAGUCCGGCCGUUCUUGCAGUCAGGUUAACCACAAACGCUAAAAACAAAAUAAUUGGUCUAGCAUCAGUGGACAUUCCGGCUCAUACAAUGUCGUUGUGUGAAUUUCCUGAUGACGAACAUUUCAGCAAUCUGGAAGCGAUGGUCGUUCAAAUUGGUCCCAAAGAAGUUCUCAUUCCGGCUGAAACCUCCUUGGAAGCUGACAAGAUCAAAAUGAUAAUGGAACGUUCUGGUGCCCUAGUGACCGUUUGCAAGAAGAACGACUUUUCGACCGAUAAUUUGGUGCAAGACAUGAACAAGUUAAUUUUAUUUAAGGAAGGCCAGCAACAGAAUGCCAAUGCUCUGUCCCAGAUGAAUCUAACCACCGCUACUGGAGCUCUAGCUGCUCUCGUCAAAUAUCUCGAGUUGUGUUCGGACCAAGAGAACCUGGGUCAGUUUGCGAUGGUGACCCUGGAUCAGGCCCGUUACGUGUAUCUGGACACGGCGGCCGUGAAUGCUCUGAACCUCCUGCCCACACCUGGGGCAUUGGCCCAUCGUAAGAACCACAGUGUGCUCGGACUAUUGGACAAGUGUUGCACGCCUCAAGGUCACAGAUUGUUGUCACAAUGGGUGAAACAGCCGCUGAAAGACUUGGCGGCCAUCAAUGAGCGCCUAGACGUAGUGGAGUGUCUACUGGACGACAUGGAGCUGAGGCAGUCUCUGCUUGAAGACCAUUUGCGCCGCAUUCCCGACCUCCACGCGCUCGCCAAGCGCAUUCAGCGCAAGAAGGCCACUAUGCAGGAUUGCUACAGAAUCUAUCAAGCGAUGCAACGCCUGCCGCACCUGUUGGCAGCGCUGAAGAAUCAAAAUGGCGGACAUGCGCACUCCACGCUGCGCAGUGUGCUGAUUGAGCCGCUGGAUGAGUUGAUCGGUGAUAUGAGCAACUUCCAGGAGAUGAUAGAAACCACGCUCGACAUGGACUAUGUGGACCGGGGCGAGUUCCUUAUCAAACCGGAGUUCGACGAGGAUCUUCAAGAGGUGAGGGAGAAGAUGAACGAUUUGGAGGAGAAAAUCAAGAGUCAACUGAAUAAAGCAGCUCGAGAUUUGAGCUUGGAUCCCCACAAAACCAUCAAACUUGAGUCCAAUUCGCAGUAUGGAUAUUUUUUCAGGGUUUCUCUCAAGGAAGAAAAGGUUCUCAGAGGCCAGACCACAUACACAGUUCUGGAUUCGGUUAAAAAUGGCGUCAAAUUCCGCAGCCAGAAAUUGACAAAUCUGAAUGAGGAAUACUCGCAAUUGAGGGAGCAGUACACUGAAAUGCAGAAAAAAGUUGUUGGUGAAGUUAUCACCGUUGCAGUGUCCUACGCAACCCCCCUUCUACAGUUGAGCGACGUACUGGCAUGGUUGGACGUAGUGACCAGUUUUGCAGCCGUGUCGGCUGGCGCCCCAGGCCCCUAUGUGCGCCCCAAAAUGAGCGCCCCCUCUGAGGGCGUCGCCCCUGUCAUGCGUCUCAAGCAGUGCCGGCAUCCUUGUCUCGAGAUGCUCACUAACACCACCUUCAUUCCUAAUGAUAUCGAGAUGGAGGGCGGCAAAUGCACAUUCCUGAUGGUGACAGGACCCAACAUGGGCGGUAAGAGCACCUACAUUCGUAGCGCAGGUGUGGCAGCCCUGUUGGCGCAUAUUGGUUGCUUUGUGCCGUGCGACGAGGCAGAGAUGACAGUGCUCGACGCCAUUUUGGCGCGAGUUGGGGCGAGUGAUUCGCAGAUCAAGGGCAUGUCCACCUUCAUGGUAGAGAUGGUUGAGACGGCUUCUAUUCUCAGGAUGGCCACACCAAACUCACUAGUUAUUAUUGAUGAAUUGGGAAGAGGCACAUCCACUUAUGAAGGCUGUGGAAUUGCAUGGGCUAUUGCUGAAUACCUGGCGAAAGAAGUGGGCGCAUUCUCGCUGUUUGCCACCCACUUCCACGAGCUGACACGGCUGCCCGAACUGGUGCCGACUGUGCACAAUUGUCACGUGACUGCGGUGACGUCAGAUGACGACAACAGUCUGACGCUGCUCUACGAGGUGCGUCCGGGCGCCUGUGAUCAGAGCUUCGGCAUACAUUGCGCCAAGAUGGCCAGGUUUCCUAACCAGGUCAUAGAGGAUGCAAAACAGAAACUAGCUGACUUGGAAGACUACCAAGGAGCUAUUACUGUCUGUGACUCAGCUACCAAGAGAAAAAUAAUUAAGGAAGGAGAAGAGAUGAUCAGUGAAUUUUUGAGGGAAUGCAAGAAACUGAAAACGGAUGGAAUUUCAGAUGAAGAGCUAGAGAAGGCGAUUUCUAAGCUGAAGGAUGAAAUUGCCAAGAAAAAUAAUCCAUAUGUCUCCGCUCUAGGAGCAACUGCAUAAAAAUUUACUUCAACACUUUUUUCAAACAAGUUCAAAUUAAUUUUUAAUCUCUACUGAUAGAUUUACUAAGUUUAUGUGUAAGUUAGUUUUUCGGAGAUUCCAAUCAUUUGAAAAAAACCACAGUACAAAGAAAUAGUUAGGUUAAAAUAGGUUUACUAUAAAUGAGAAUAGAAAUCUAAGUAUUUUUUAAAAUUGUUCAGUGACAACAGGUUUCGGCUAUAUGAUGC